AUGGCAAACUGGAAAGAACUGGGCGAGGUCCCAGACUCGGACGACGAACUCGAUUUCGAUAGCCAGGAUCUUGAGUCGCUGCCGAAUUCCGAACUACCUUCGAAACCCACUUCCGAUACUUUACGAACGAAGGACGUCCGAAAGAGCAUAUGGGAUGUUCCCGAAUCGUCACAGGAUACGCCAGCAGACGCGACUACAGAUCGCGUAGCAACGGACCGCCACCAUGAGGUGUCUAAGCCUAUUGACGGAGAGCCGCCCUCUUCGCCGCUGUCUUCGGUGCCGGAUGUGGAUGAGAUGGACGACCCCUUCAACUUGGACUUAGACGAACCAGCAGCCCAAGUGGCACCUACGACAAAGACGAGGACUAGGUAUCUUCCCAACGGCCGCGACGACUCUCCCGAUCCCCUGGCUGGCGAUGAUACCGUUUCGACGAGCUAUGUUAGAAUCACUGCUCCUGAACCUGAGUUCCCCGCCGAGAACGAUACCGAAAGCCUUCCGCCUCCUAAAAAGUCUCUGGCAGCCUCUUCACAGCCCAGUCAACAGAGCCGGCAGAGACGAUUGGCUGCUCAGCUCUUUGCUAGUUCUAGCCCGGAGGCAGAGGUGGCAGCUCCAGUUGAGCAGUCUAACGAUGGCAACACUUCGCCUUCGAGGCCUUUAUUCGUCUCCUCGGCAGCCUCUUCUGUUGCUUCUCCGGCGCCGACCCAGUCGAGGAAGCAGCCGAGGCCGGCAGCUAUUCAGCGGGUGGAAAGCUCCAACAGGGACGAGGAGGUUGCUCGACAAGUCGCUGUGCGGUAUGAACGCUCGUUCAGACCAAGGAAACCCAUCCAGGAACACCCAUACCUCAUUGAGAAUGCCCAGUACAGCAAGGCUCUCAAGUCACACGGCAUCCGGCCGAUCAGAAUGCCCACAGAGCCAGCCCCGAGACGUCAACGGCCGGAGGAGGAUUCCCAGGAGAAGGAUUUUGAGGAUGAUAGCCAAGAACUCACAGCUGAUGCGCCAAACGGAACCACAGACGAGAGCCAGUUCAACGGCCUGGAUAUCCCGCUGAGCUCUAGUCCUCAGCUGAUGUCGUCCCUCUCCGAUUCACCCCUCCGAACAUCGUCCCCCAAGCACCGCGGCGGACCGAGUAGCCAACCAAGUCAGGGAGAUACGGAUAAUACCAGCUUCUCCGAUGUCGACGAUUUGCCAUCUCUUGACAAGAUUCACCGCGACUUGCUGGCAAACCGAUCUGCCAAAAAGCGAAAGCGCGGGAAAGGCACUGCGACCAAGGCUGUGGUGACGCAGACGGCAGCCCCAAAUGCGCCCUCGCGCCCGCAGUUUCAGCAGUAUGAUGAGAUUUACGGCAUGCUUUCUUCGCCGUCUUCAUCGCCUGAAGUACAAACUACUGUGAUCAACCAUUUGAUUGAUCCUACAUCAUUGCCUACAGAGAGCAACGCCGGAACGGUAUUUUCUGAGGGCGAUGACCUGCCUAUCGUGGAUGGCAACAUGUUGUCUGCUCCUGAGCUCCAGGGGCGAAUUUCGGUCGAAAGGGAACCGCCAGUCUUCGACCUGACCGUGGCAGACAUGUCCGAUGUGGAAGAAGACAAUGGAUCCGGAGAUGUUGAUGCGCAGAACAGUUCAGGAGAGGAGUCGGAGGGUCGGGAUGAUGGUCGCGAGGAGGUCGGUGCGGCGAUUGCAAAGAGAAUGCGAGGUGUCCUUCCGGCAUCCUGGCUUAGGCUCGACCAACAGGCAAACCGUCCCAAGCCUACUCAGUACCAACGCCCCGAUGACUCCCCUGAGAAGGGUCCAAGACGAGGCGUGGCUGUCCGACGGAUAGGUCGCUCGGCAUCAUCUACGGCAGCAGCGUUUCUCUUCGAUGACUCAGACGACGAUGUGGUCACUACGCAGACGCCUACACGUCCUUCUCACAAUAUCCAGACUGUGUUGCCUUUCGAGAGAUCUGAGGUCACGGAAAUCGGUGACGACGACGACGGUGGCUUCGUCGUUGAAGAAGACCAGGUUGACCAUAUGCUACCAAGCAGAAAACGUCAAUUGACUUUGAAAGACUUUCGACAACCCGCCAAAAGGCAGAAAAAGAACGACCGUCUAUCAAGCACCCAACUCAAGAAACGCGGGCGACCGCCGAAAAGCGCACUCCGAACUUCUGGAGCUUCCCGCCUCGAUCCUUUCUCUAAAAGUCGCAAAUCUACUCUGAGCAACACUCGAGCUGUGGCCCGAGCGAAACCUCCAAGGUUGAGCAUUCUGGAUGUCAUCGAACCAGAUGCGCCGAAGUUUCUGAAGAUUGCGGCUCGAGCAGCUCAUAGCAAGCGGCACAUGGGACGAUCCAGUCCUACACACAAGAGCAUACGCCUAGCCACGCGGAAGGACAAUGUAGAUGCCGGCAGAGUGCUCCAACAGUGGAAAGGAGGCAAGAUUCGACCUCGAUCUGGAUUGCAGACGAAGAAACCUAGGCCCACAGGGUCAAGUGGAAGACACCCACUGACUCAACUACCAUCAAAUGUCUUCUCUCGUGGUGCUGUAUCCUCUCCAAAAGCCCGCAGCGCCACGCAGUCUGAUGAACUCCGUCGUGAGACCUCAACGCCUUUGACGCCUUUGCCGGAGGCGCACUCUCGGAUAAGGCAAAUGUCGAGAAGUAAUUCAGUCACAAGCCAGCAGACGCAGGAUACCCGAAAUAGGCCGGCUCAGCUUGAAACGGAUUUGACCCAGCAACCGGGUAGAGUCGGUUUCCAAGCAAAGAAGCGAGCUCUCGAUGCUCUUUUCAAGCGUAAUCACUCGCAGUCGCUGUCAUCGAGAAGUGCGCACUUGGAUUCUUUCUUAGAUGACACAUCAUCAGUAGUAUCAGGGCACAGCCUUGCUGCUGGAGGCUCUCCUGAGCCUGCAGCAGUCAAGAGGCCCAUACUGAAGCGCCCGAGAAAGCCUGUACAGCCGAUCCAGAUCGAUGUAACGGCCGCCCAUUUCCGCCACGCAGAUGACCCCAUGCCUACCAUAGAGUUGAUAACUCCCGUCGAAACGCCCAAAGCCGCGUUCAACGAUAAUCAGCUUCUUGGUCUUGGUCCUUUUGGCACACACUAUACACAGCACUUUGAUAUUUUCCCCCUGGACCGCGGGGUCUUCUUUCACGAGACAACACUCAUAGGCAGUGGACGGGUCAGCUCAAUAGCGUAUGACCAGUUUCCCGAGAAGGUGUGGAAUUAUCGACCCCGAAUUUCUUACAGCCUUGGUGAAAUGGUCCUUCGAUGGGACUCAUGGACCGAGCAAGUCUCGUCCGAGUUCGGCAUCGUGAUGGACGGGAUCCCCGAGCAAAUUCUCAGGCCAUCGCUGUCUGCAGAAGUCACACCCAAUGCCAAAGCAGCGGCAAGAUUUGUUCUGGACUACGUCCAAAAAGCGAUGAGCUUCACCAACGAUGCCGAUGCUGCCUCAUUCAUCGCUCGGGUGUCUGAUGUGGUCAAGUCUUUCUUGACGCGCUUCGAAUCUGAAGAUGUCAGUGACUUGGCUCAACGUCGGGAACUGGCUGACGUGUUGUCGAAUGUAUUCCUCGUUGUCUCUUACGCCGUCCGCCUCUGUCAAAAAAGUCCGGCGCUGAAGACAGAGAGCUUUGCUAUGGAGGCGCUUCUCAGAAAAACUGCAGAAACACUGGUCCGAUCGCUACUCGGCAUUGGCCUGGAUGACGUUACGCAACUCUACGAUGAUCUUCAGACCUUAAGAUACCGCGAGCGUGGCAUUCGCUCCGACAAGUUCGUAGCACACGCUUGGGUAGUUCUCAUAAAGGCCCUAGAAUAUCUUCGGAUUCCUAGGAUGACAUUCUGGGACGUUACAUACUCGUGCAUGAUACAACCAAGUGUCAUUCGUGGCAUGGACUCCCAAGAGUUUGAGAAUCUUUGGAAGAAGAUGUUCACGCUCCUACCCUUGUGCGAAUUUGACGAUAAUGGUGUGGUCGUUUCCGAUAGGAGACACCUGGUUCCCCUGGAAGGGUGGAACUUGCCCCAGCAAGUCCUCAAACGCGUCUUCCAACUAUACCGCGACAAUCCCCGCCAGUCUCCAAGCUUCAACGACUACUGCCGGGCACUAGUGUCCAGAUGCCACUAUCUGGUCGAUCAAUGGGGUUGGCAGAAAAGCAGCGGUAUCAUCGGUACCAUCUUCGACUUCUUUGGCUCGCAGAACUUAUCUCAUCUGCGCAACGAAGAAGCCUUCCGCUCAGCUCGUUUCCUAGACAGCCUUCAUCUUGAGCCGUCUCUCCUUGUCGAGCCUGAGGAUAGGUGUUUCCACAUAUUCCUCAAACUCGUGGCACUAGCCAUCAAGAGGCUGAGACAAAAUGGGGCAAUCAACGACAUUCGGAAUUUGGUCGCUCGCACACUGCCAAACCACGACCGGCAAUAUUCUAAAGAACAAGACGUUCACCAGAAUGACUUAGCCGCUCUCAGGAACCAUCAUGAUCUCUUAUGUACUCUGUUCUGGGCAGCGCCACCUGAUCUUCGUCCCGGCAUCCACAAUCUGGAGAAAUUGGUCAUUCCCGCUAGCUCUCAUAAGGAAGCCUGUCUUAUUAACCUGCGGGCCUGGAAUCAACUGGCAAGAUUUGUUGUACACGAAGAGUCCGCCGCGUCAUUCAACCCGCUGGCUAGCUGGCAGGCCAAUGUCUUCAAGCAGCUGUUGGACCAGUACAACUCUGCCGCAGCAGAUAUCCAACAGCAGUUCUUAGCACUGUCUAAGGAUGAUAGCAAUAAUGUCAGCGAGGACCUGAUGAACUCCAUUGUGGCUACAAACAAAGCUGCAACCAUGGAGAUCAUGCUGUUCUCAGUCAAGUCCUCAAUGGAGGUUGUGCAGUAUGCGAGUAGUUUGGAGUUGGCAAGGCUUGCCUCUAGCCCUUAUCAAUUACAGCAAGUCUUCCAGCAUUUCUCUACUUUGCCAGCAGACUUCCCGUCCACGCUUUUCCAAGCCUCUAUGACCACACUGGAACGUCUUCUUGGCCGAAUCGAGUCGGUCUUCAACGAAGCAGAUGAUAGUCAAGACAGUAUGGCCUCUCGGACUUUGGAGUCCGAGGAUGCUAUUCUGAUGCUGGACCGCGAAUUGGCUGCUGCGUUCCUCUCAGCAGCACGCUGCCUCUUGUCAAAUCAAUCGCUCGGUAAACCUGGCAAUUCAAGCGUGUCAACAUCCUGUGUUGAGCAAUCCGUCGUGGUAUCUGGCAUCAUGAUUGGUCUUUUCGUACGCUGCGGAAUGAUGGCACUCUCGCAGGUUUUUAAACCUACUAAAUAUGGGCUUUUCGGGAAAGCGCCAAGCAAGCUUGACUGCGAACAACGUCAAUACCUUCCACUCUUCCUUUCCGUUGUCGCGCAGAAGGGAGCAACCAUUAACCUGGAGGAUAUUGGAGGAAGCCUUUUGCUGUUGUGGCUCAUGGUGAUCAUACAGCCGAGUCACUGCUUGAGAUUUGAGAACCGGUUUGGACAGCAGCUCCAGCGGCAGGGCUAUCCUUUCAUUCCGGACAAAGCAGGUCUUGUCGUCAACCCAGGCUACGCGGCCAACCGUGACUUUUUUGAGUACGCGGCAUCUUGGAUGCGGAAAUCUUUACACACAGCCGACACUGCCUCCAAGAAGAACAUGCGGUCGGAGUUCGAGAGAGUGCUUAAUGCCGUCAUGAACCAAAUGCGGGCUGACCUUCAAAUCAUGACCGCAGACGAAUUACAACACCCAAGCUAUGUCAAGUUCGUCCGCAACAUCAUUUCCCUCAUCAAGGCUCAUGGUUCAGACAUCUGUCCCGUACAAAAGUUCUUCUUGGAAGUGAGCAAGGAGUAUUCGCCACCGAUGCAGGACCCGCAAUUACAAGCAGCGUUGAUCCAGUCAUACGGAUUCAAGCUUGCGGAAGGCGACCCCAGAGUCCCUAGUACGUUAUUCCACUUCUUGCUCAAUAACUUCAAGGGGGCUCUUCAGCGUGGCCGACUGCCGCAUGAGGUUGUCCUCCUAAAAGGGGCUUUGGAAAAUGAUGCCAUCAUGUCGUUCGUUCUCAGCAAGAUGCUUCCCGCGGUGCUGCAUGCCACCCUAUCUAAUGUCGAGGCCUACGCGAUGCUCGAUGUUUUAUGCGACGCGCUUGGACUGGCAAUAAAAUCGUCAACUAUUCCUCGUCAAGUCAGCGAAGACAAUAUGGGGUGCAUUGCUGCCUUGGUCACCACCACAUUGGCUUGGGCAAACGCCCUAGGACGGAGCAUGCUUAGUCCUGAGCAUGUUCAUGUGCUCCGACGCAUCACUUGGCUCCUCAACGCAUUUCAGCCUUCCCUUGAAGCGUUCUCAUUCAUGGUUACAGAACCUCGAGGCUGGGACAACGUUAUGUCGAUGUUACAUUGGUUCAGCCUGCUCGCCCAAGGGGCGCAAGAGUAUCUUGAAAACCAAGAAACCCCUUUCAUAGCCGCAUCGGGGCUGUUUCGCCGACUCAGAACUCUCAAUGAGAUCUUCACGAUCCAGGACACCACGGUUCUGACCUGGUCAGAGCAUAUAGGAAACGACAUCAGUAGGAAUUGGGUCACGACAGGACCAUUGUUAACGGUAUCACCACACAACCGUGGCACACCUUCAACGCAGUCUGGGAUUGGAUCACUACGGCCUAAGUGGGACAUGCAAGAAUUGACGACGAGUCUGCUAGAUCAAAUGCGGAACUGGCAUGAGUGGUGGACGAGGGUGAAGGAGUUGCCAGCUGAUACUGAGGAAGUAGAUUUCGAGGAGGACGUCAUAUUCUGA